AAACGAAGAAGACGGUGUUCUGCGUGAGAAGCAGGGUUGUGAUGCGGACUUCAGGCGCUGGGACGCGGCCGAAACCGUCUACUCCUAUCUGCGCAGAAGAAGGACUCGAUCAGUGGGAGCAGAUGUUCAGAGAACAUGGCAUAACAGGGCCAGGCCUUCCGUUCCUCACCGAAGCGCAUUUGGAGAAGAUGGGUGUUUUCCCACUGGGAUCACGCCUGCAAAUUCUCCACUGCCUUCAGAAACUCUGGCAGAUCUCCAGUGAGUCCAUGAAGGUCUUCAAUGACCCCAUCCACGGCCACAUUGAGCUGCAUCCUCUGCUGGUGCGGUUCAUAGACACGCCUCAGUUUCAGAGGCUGCGGCACAUCAAGCAGCUGGGAGGGACUUACCUGGUGUUCCCCGGGGCUUCUCACAACCGCUUCGAGCACUCCAUCGGGGUGGGAUAUCUGGCCGGAUGUCUAGUCCAGGCUCUCAAUGAAAGACAGCCAGAGCUCCUCAUAACAAAGCAAGAUUUUCUGUGUGUGCAGAUUGCUGGCCUGUGUCAUGACUUGGGUCAUGGCCCCUUUUCUCAUAUGUUUGAUGGCAUGUUCAUCCCUAAAGUUCGACCUGGUGAGAAAUGGAAGCACGAGAUGGCCUCGGUUCAGAUGUUUGACCACCUGGUGAGGGUCAACGGUCUGGAGGAGGUCAUGGUACGCCAUGGGUUGACUCUUCCCGAUGACCUGAUAUUCAUUAAGGAGCAGAUCGCCGGGCCGCUGGAUAACUCGGUCUUAAACAGUUCGUGGCCAUAUAAGGGCAGGCCGAUGGAGAAAUCGUUCCUGUACGAGAUAGUAGCAAACAAAAGAAACGGCAUUGAUGUGGAUAAGUGGGAUUAUUUUGCACGUGAUUGCUAUCAUCUCGGCAUUCAGAACAACUUCGACUACCAGCGCUUCCUCAAAUUUGCACGAGUGUGUGAAGUGAGAGGAAAGAAGCACAUCUGCACCAGAGACAAGGAAGUUGGCAAUCUCUAUGACAUGUUCCACACUCGUAACUGCCUCCAUCGCCGGGCGUAUCAGCACAAAGUGGGCAACAUCAUCGAGACCAUGAUAACGGAGGCUUUUAUAAAGGCUGAUCCUCAUAUUCAGAUCCAGGGCUCUUCUGGGAGGAUCUUCACCAUCUCUUCAGCUAUAGACGACAUGGAGGCCUACACCAAACUCACAGAUCACAUAUUUGAGCUGAUUCUGUACUCGUCUGCGCCGGAGCUGUCUGAGGCACGAGCCAUCCUGCACAACAUCGUCUGCAGACGGCUGUACAAGUGUGUGGGUCAGACCACAGCCGAGACGCACGUGGACGCCUCACAGGAGAAGCUGCUUGCCUGGGCAAAGGAAGUCGCCAGUUCAAAGCCCAGUGGCACAGACGCCAACCUGACCGCAGAGGACUUUGUAGUUAGUGUACGUUUGCUGUUUUGUUUUAACCGCUACAAGCUGUCAGAUCCCAUCACACCCCACACACUAUAGUAGUCAGAGGUGCUUCUGCAUACAGACGUUACAUGAAAAACUGACACUUCCCCUGUUGUGAAGGCAAGCAGACAUUUUUGAAUACUGAUUUUAAUUUUAAAUGUACGUGAUUAAAUGGGUCAUGAAAUGGACUUCUGGAAUGACAGGAUGUGAAAUCGCCAUUCAUCAGUUAACAUGAGCUUACAAAACUGUGUAAUUAAAGGAUCAGCCAAGUGGUGUUUAAAGG